AUGUUUUAAGAUAAAUAUGGAAAAACUGUGAGUGAGUUCAAUUAAAAGUACAAUAUUGUAGCAAAUGCUUCUCAAUUAAGAUUUGAGGAGGGAUUGUUAAAUUAUAAGUACAACUCACUUUUAGGUUAAUUUUAAGAUUGCCUUUUGUAGGAUGUAAUUAUAUAUAAUCACAUUAAAAAAGAUUCGAGCAGCAAUACUAACAGCAUAGAGAGGUUACUUGUCAAGGAAAGUAUUGAAACAUUACUUCAAAGAGCUACCAUAAUAAUUGAGAGCAGAAUACUAUGGCUCAUUAUUAACAUUGUAUAAAGUAGUUGAAAUCCGAAAAUAUAGGAAUCACUUCGAUAGCAAUAACAGAAUAUGUUCUAUUUCAGUGGCAUGGGGAGUGGGAUGAAAGUGGAGAAAGUUACUUGGCCAUUCGUUGAGGGUUUUGGAUUUUGCAUUUGGAUUUAAGUGGAGAAUGUCAAUUAUGAAUAAUAUAAUGAAUAGAACAUGGGAGUAUAAAAAAUAAUAAGUGUUCAUGGAUAAGGAUAAUAAGGAGGAGGUGGAUUAGAAUGCUUUAUAUUGAGAGGCAGUGUCUAUUAUAGGAUAAUUCCUGCAAUAUAUUAAGAAGCAGAUAAUGGUGCAAUAUUGAUAGGUCAAUUAAAGAAUGGAAUGAAUUUCAUAGGUAUAUCACAUGAAUGCCCAAAGAAAUUCACAUCUUCACAUUUAACUGUAAUUUUAAUUAUGAAUUUGAGUUAUAUUUCAACAAUGAAUAAUCAAAGACAAUGACAUUAGACUUUCCUCGUUUAAAUCAGAAUAUAGCAUUAACAAGAUUUACAAUAUGUGAGAAUUUAUUUGGUACAGCAUAAUGUGUAAUAAUAAUGAAUUAAUCAUCCACAAAGUAUAUAAAUUCAUAAUUAGCUAUCUAGAAUUAAAACUAUUCAAUCAGUAUAUGGAUAAUUAUAAAUGGAUUUCAAAUAAUUAAAAACUUUACCAGCAUGUUUAGAUAAAUACUUUGAGAGAAUUAUGUCAAUUUAUAUUCCUGAAUUUGCAGAUGCUAAUCAUAUAAUAGAUGUUAUGGGUAAUUGUAAUGCUACAUUAUAACCUAAAAGUGGAUCAAUUAUAGCAGAUAAAAAUAAAUUUCAUUUCUAAGGAGGAUUCAAAUUAUUUUAUGUGAUGUUACAUCUAAGUGGAACACUAUAUAAAUAAAUCAAUUAAGCAUAACUUAAUUUAUCUACUAUUUUCGAAGUCAUUAAUUAUAUCUUCAAAAAUAAUCAUUAAUUACAAGCAGAAGCAUUCAAUAAUUAAUUCUUCUUAACUAUUGCUUCUAUUAUAAUGAGUUUUGAUAAACCCUUAAUUAAUACAAAAUGUGUUGAAUUAUUAAGUGAAACCAAAUCUCUUAUAGGAGAUAAUCGAUUAUUGGAUCACUUUUUUAUUCAUAUCUUAUGGAAUCCAAAAUUGCAUUAAUAAUGCAUCAGUGAAUAAGUGUUCUCUAAAUAUUUGUAAUUAGCAUGUCAGGUUUAUUUAUAAAAUCCAUAACACUAUCAUCAUUUUAUUUCAUCUAAAGAUAUUUUAGAUAUGCUAAUAUUUGCAUACAAUGAAAAUCAAUGUUGUGAUUUACAUUUUAAUGAUUAUGAAGAGUCAUUUCAAAUAAAAUUCUUAGAAAAGAUCUUUUAUUUGUUUAACCAGCAAACAGAUAUUUCUGAACAUUUGAUACUUUUUGAUUAGUAUCUUAUGUCUAAAAUAUCACCUUGUCUUCUAUUAUAGAUUCUCACAAUUUUAAAAGUAAGAAUAAUUUAAUUUGUUAGAACUUGCUAGUUGAUAAUGAAGAUUAAGGAAUUAAAACUAAUUAUAUACUUUAAACAUGGGAUCAACGUAAUAUAAUAGAUUCAUUACUUUUUCUAUUUAAAUCAACACCAUAUUAUGAUAUUAGAGCUAUGAUUAUUUAUUUCCUUCAUCUUAUCUUUCAAUAGUAAUUCCCCAAUCAUAAAUUAUAAAUCCAUUAAGCUAUUGAAUAUAUCACUAAUACUAUUGAACCAUUAGCUGAAUUGAAUCGUAGUUCCAUUAUUCAUUCAUAACCUAUUAAAAAAGAAUAACAAUCUCAAUAACAAUAACCAUAAUAAUAAGAAGACUUUGAUGAACUCAAAAAUCUUGGAACUCAAUUCCUUAACAAUGAUUAUGAAAGUGUUCCUUAAGCUCCAUCUAUGACUAAUCGUCGUAAACCAGCUUAAGGAUUCUUUGAUAAUAAAUAAAGACCUCCUCCUAGAGCUUUAUCUAUACCUGCUCCUGAAACUGAAAAAUCAAAACCACCUUCAUUCUCUGUUGAUUAAAAAGGAAAAAAGAAAUUUCAUAUUAAAAUUGAUACUGAUGCAAUUAAUGCACUUUAUAACUUUGGAGGAGAAUAAGGAAAAAAAAAUGCAUUGUAUUAUUAUUCCAUUCUAUUUUAGUGACCAUGAAGCAUUCAAUAAAGAAUUAACAGAAAUUAAUAAAUUAGCAAAAGCAUGUCAUAUGUAUAUGUAAGGUUAUAGAGAACCUGAAGAACCAUAUAUUGAAUCACCAAAAUUAAAAUAAUAAUAAUAAUAAUAAUAAUAAUAAUAAUAAUAAUAAUAAUAAUAAUAAUAAUAAUAAUAAUAAUAAUAAACUGUUGCUAAACAACCAUUGAUGUCAACAAAAAAUAGUUAAACAUAAAAAUAACAGUUUUAAUAAGAAUGUAUUUUUAUAUAACUAAAUUAUAGUAACCUAAAUUAAAGAAGUUUCAUCAUCUUCAAUGUCUAUUUAAUAAGUUGAAUAGGUUUAAAAAAAAAAAAUUCAAUCAUUUGCUUCAAUAUAUAAUUAACUUAUGGGUUGGAUGAUUGAUAAAAUUAAGGUUGGAGUAAAUCAAUCUUUAAUGAUAGAAGAAAAAGAUUAAAUCAAAAAUGAAGGAAUUAUUAAUGCCAUAAUAAAGAUUGUUGCUUUUUCAAUAGAAGAUAAUUUAAAAGCUUAAAUUUUAUAAGAUCUACUAUGUCUUUGUAAAUCACAUUAAGGCAAUUCUAUCCUAAUUUUAGGUUAGGCAACUUUUUAGAACGAACUUCUAAAAAUAUUAUCAACAUAAGAGGAACAAAAUUUAGUAAAUAAAUAAUAUGAUUAUUUAGAUAUAUGAAAUUGGAUGCCGAUUGCAUUCAACACUUAUUAUUUAAGUAUUAAAAUCUGAAUUCAUAGGCGCAAAUUAUGUUUAUGAUUUAUUAAAAUGGGGUAUUGAUUAUAAUAAGAAAUUGGUUGAAAUACAAAUGAAUUCAAUAAUUGAUUAGCUCUAGUAUAUUAUUUAUAAAUUAAUUAUAAUAGUGAUUAGUGUAAGACUAUUUAAACAGAUUCUCAAUUAUGGAAAAAUAUAAUGUAGAUGGCUUUGUAUUUAAUAGAACUAAGAUUAAAUUAUCCUUAAUUGAUUUAGAAAUUUAAUAAGUUCUAUGAUCUAAUUAAUAAGGAUUAUAUGAUUAAUGGAAAUUUAGAAGGUAUGAUAUACUUAUUAAUGAAUUUAAGAGUAAAUUUCUAAGUUAUCUAAAUGUUUCAAUCAUCUUGAUUUGGCAUAAAAAGUCUAAUCUUUUUUUAAUACUAAGAUCUAAAAUCAUUAAAUAUAUGAGAUUAUAUUAGAAAGCAGUGAUUAAAAGAAUUUAUAUUAAUUACUUAUAACGUAUGCUUUAACAUUGGAGAUUUGUUAAUAUGAAAUUACAUAUGGAUUGACUCAUAUAUUAUGUAAGUUGAGGUAAUGUGAGAAUUUCAAAGACAUGAUUAAAUUUAUAUGCUUGAUCAUAUAUGUUUCUAAGGAGAGAAAUCAUUAAUCUUCAUUAAAAAAAUUGAUGACAGAAUUAUAUCAAGAUUUUGAAAUAUUAUUAGAGAGUCUUCUAGCUAAAUCUUUUGAAGAUGAUUCAAUAUUAGACUAAAUAAGUAAUUAGAUUAGUAGUAACAAUGCUUUAAAAUAGGAAAUAUAAAUAAAAGCUCAUAUUCCAUAAUAAUGGUCAAUGGAAUCUAUAGUUUCUUCUUAAAAGAGCAUAAGAGAUAUAUAAUAAAUGGGAGAAAAUAAAUAUAUAGAAAUAGAGGAGCGAAAAAUAUUAUGGAUAUACAAGGAAAGUGAAAAAGAAAGAAUAGGAAGAAAUAAAUAUUAUAAAUCAUUAAGUUCUUUAUUUUUGAAUGAAGGAUGGCUGUCUUAAGGUUAAGGGUGCAUUCAAAGAAAUGAUUUAGUUUAAGAUAUAGUUUAAGAAGAAUUUGUUUAAAGUAAGUACUUUAAAAUAAAAAUAUCGAAAAUGAUUACAAAAUGUUUUGCAAGACCAUACUUAAAAAGUAUUCCAAUAAUUCCUGAAAUCUUAAGAAAUAAACCAGUAUAUUAGACUCCUUAGACUGCUCCGAUAAUAUUAGAUCAUGAAAUUGAUAAAUUUGAAUAACUGUAUGGAUAGAGACAAUCAACAAAUUCCUAGGCAGUUUAAGCAGCCACUCAAUUAUUGAAUAUGGGGAAAGCUUUUGGAAAUAAUAUAAAGAAUGCUGUUAAGACAAUUGCAAAUUAAAAGAAUUAAAUAGUAGAUAAUUUUAAAUCUUUUGGAGAGAAUACGUUUAGAGGAAAAAAGGUUCUUGUUAUUAAUGGUCUAUAUAUUUAUCAUGCUUUUUUGAGUUUAACAAAUACACAUCUUUUAUUAUAAUAUGAAUAUUUGAAAAGUGAAGGAUCUCAUGCUGCUUUAGGAGUAUUUUAAUUAAGAGAAGAUUAGAGAUUAAUUAAGAAAUUCCCAAUUUAUAAUUUAGUAUUGGUUAUAAAAAAGAAAUACUUAUAAAAGAAGACAGCUUUGGAGAUAUUUUUCAUAGAUGGGUAAUUAUAUAUAAUAGAGAUGUAGGAAAUCAUUGUUUAUUAAUAUUUCUGAUUAAAAUGAUUUAGAUGAAAUAUCUUCUAAGUUACUUAGACAUAGAAAAAGUAAUUAGGCUCCAUAUUUCAAUUAGAGUAAAACAACUGAUCCAGCAAAGUUAUUAGAAAAGUAGGGAUAUUUGUAGAAAUGGAAUAAGUAUAGUAUUAUUAAUAAUUAGAUAAUAAAUGAGUAAUUUUAAAUAUUUACUAUUACUUAAUAAUUUGGCAUCAAGAAGUUAUAAUGAUUUAACUUAAUAUCCUGUUUUUCCAUGGGUAAUUUGUGAACCAAAAGAUUAAUAAUUAGAACAUGAAGCUAAUAUUCGUAUAUAUCCUGAAGGAUAAUUGAGAGCAAUGUAAAAAACUAUGGGAGCAUUGGGUAACAAUUAAAGAAUAAAGAGUUAUAUUGAAAGAUUUGAAUAAUCUGAAUAAGGUGGUGAGAUUCCAGCAUUUCAUUAUGGAUCACAUUAUUCAUCAUUAGCUAUUACUUCUUAAUUUCUAAUUAGAUUAGAACCAUUUACAUCAAUAGCAAAAGAGAUUUAAGGAAAUAAAUUUGAUAUUCCUGAUCGUUUAUUUUAUUCUCUUGUAGAAAGUUUUCGUUGUGCAACAGAAGAUAUUGCUGAUGUUAGAGAAUUAAUUCCAGAAAUGUUUUGUUUGCCUGAAAUGUUUCUUAAUUUAUAGAAUUUGUAAUUUGGUAAAACUUAAAAUGGACUUCUUGUUAAUAACGUAUAAUUACCUAAAUGGGCAAAUAAUAAUCCUUGGAAAUUUGUUACAGGUUAAAGAAAUGCACUUGAAAGUGAAGAAAUUUAAAAAAAUCUUCCAGAAUGGAUUGAUUUAAUUUUUGGAUACAAAUAAAGAGGUAAAGAAGCAGAAAAAAAUUUAAAUAUUUACUUUUAUGUUACAUAUGAUUAAUAACUUACUUUAUAAAAAAUGGAAGAAAAUAGACUUAGUAUUGAAGCUUAGGUUGUAAAUUUUGGAAUCACUCCUUUAUAAUUAUUUUUAAAACCUCAUAUUGGAAGAUAGAUUAAUUCAGAUCAUCAUUUUGUUUCUUAUUCUUAAGAAUUAAAAGUUUAUAGACCAUAAAAUAAAAAGAAAGUACCUAAUACAAUGAAACCAAUAAUUGAUUUUUAAUAAGCAAGUAAUAGAGCAAUUGUUAAAAUUAAAUGGAUAUCAGAUGUUAGAUUAUUAUGUAUAAGAAAAGAAGGUAAAAUUGAUUAUCUUAAAUGGACAAGUUAAAUUGAUGUUUAACCUAAUUAACCACCAUUUUAAUGUGGAUUAGAAAGAGAAAAAUAAUUCAAUUUUGAAAAACCUCAAACUGAAUUAUUUAAUAUUUGGGAUGUAUCAGCUUAAUUAUCAUCUUACCCUUUAAUUAUAUUUAAUUAGGGUAAACUAUUUAUUUGUGGAGGCUAUCAUCUUGGUAAAUUAAUUAUUAUAAGCGAUAAUAAUUAAAUCGUUGAUAUUUAUUAAAUACAUACCAAUACCAUUACUGCAUUAGCUUCAGAUAAAAAAGAAUCCAUGAUCAUCUCUGGAGAUAAAAGUGGACAUGUUAUACUUUGGAAAGUUGAUAAACAAAAAGAUAUCUAUAAAUUAAAUGCCAAAUGUAUGUAUUUUGAUCAUUAAAAUUAAGUAAUUAUAAUAACUAUUAUUUAGAUCAAUUGUAUUAAUGUAUCUACUAGUAUGAAACUAUUUGCUACUGGCUGUAUUAAUGGGUACAUUUAUCUAUAUAAUCUAUACAAUGGUCAAUUUAUGAGAUCAUUUGUUCAUCCUAAUAAGAAUCCUAUCAAUGCUAUUGUUAUGAGUAAUAGACCAAUCUUUUGUAUCGUUUUCUAUUCAGCAUAUGAUCAUUAACUUUAUAGUUAUUCUAUUAAUGGAUUCUUAUUGGAAGUUCAAUAAGAACAAAGCUCAUCUUUAAUUGACUGUUAAAUUAUGAGGAAUCAUCUCUUUUAAGAUAUCAUGGUAAUACUUAAUCAUAUAUAUUUCAUUAGAUUUAUGGAACUGAAAAUGGUGAAUUAGUCAGAAGAUCUUUACCUUAUUUAUAAUAACUUAAAAGAUUUCAAAUAUCAGCCAAAUCCCCUGUUUUAUCAAUAUCUUGUUCAAAAGAUAAGAAAUUUUUCAUUUGUGGAUGUAAUGAUGGUGAAAUUUCGGUCAUGGCCGAACCUCAAUAAAAUAAAUGA